CACCGUUACUGUGAUUAGUGUUCAUAACAGCACACUACACACUAGGCUACAUCUGAAUGCUCAGUCAGCAGUGACAGGCAAUCACUACAAACGCUGCAAGUCUCUCGUGGAUCCGGGAAGAACUUUUACGCAUUUCUCUGAAAAUAGCAAGGUGACAUUUUUUUUUUUUUUCUGAGACGUCUGCCUUACUGACACACUGAACUCCAAACACUGGUCGACUGCCCUGAUUCCUUCUGGACGGGCUGCUGACCUUCAGGCGUUUCAGUGAUCAUGCUGGAAAUUCACUUUGAAAAGAAAUGAAUUCUUUUAAUGAAACAACGAAUCUGGAGAAUAACUAUAUUUUCGCCGAUGAGACUUAUCAACUCCUGACGUUCACCAUCGGAUCUAUCGGUGUCCUGGGCUUCUGUAAUAACAUCAUCGUCAUUAUUCUCUACUGCAGAUUCAAGAGACUCCGAACUCCGACUAAUUUGUUAAUAGUGAAUAUAAGUGUCAGCGAUCUGCUGGUGUCCCUCACUGGAGUUAAUUUCACAUUCGUCUCGUGCGUGAAGAGAGGAUGGGUCUUUAAUUCUGCCACAUGUGUUUGGGAUGGAUUCAGCAACAGUUUAUUUGGUAUCGUGUCCAUCAUGACUCUCUCCGGCCUGGCAUAUGAGCGUUACAUCCGUGUGGUUCAUGCCAAGGUCAUUGACUUCCCCUGGGCCUGGAGGGCCAUCACACACAUCUGGCUGUACUCUUUGGCCUGGACUGGAGCUCCUCUCCUGGGAUGGAACCGCUACACACUGGAAGUCCAUCAGUUAGGCUGCUCUCUUGACUGGGCGUCUAAAGAUCCCAAUGAUGCUUCCUUCAUUCUCUUCUUCCUCCUCGGAUGCUUCUUUGUCCCUGUGGGUGUCAUGGCCUACUGUUAUGGAAACAUCUUGUAUACAGUGAAAAUGCUGCGCUCUAUCCAGGAUCUGCAGACGGUUCAGACGAUUAAGAUUCUGCGAUAUGAGAAGAAAGUUGCGGUGAUGUUCCUGAUGAUGAUUUCUUGUUUCCUGGUGUGUUGGACACCCUAUGCUGUGGUCUCCAUGCUAGAGGCCUUUGGCAGGAAGAGUAUCGUCUCCCCCACGGUAGCCAUCAUUCCCUCUCUCUUUGCCAAAUCCAGCACUGCCUACAACCCCGUCAUCUACGCCUUCAUGAGCAGAAAGUUUCGCAGGUGCAUGUUACAGAUGCUUUGUUCUCGCCUGGCCAGUCUGCCGCACACCAUUAAGGACCGUCCCCUGGCCCGCAUCGAACAUCCUGUACGUCCCAUUGUGAUGUCACAUAGCCGCGCUGACCGGCCCAAAAAGAGAGUGACCUUCAACUCUUCCUCCAUCGUAUUCAUCAUCGCUAGCAAUGACACUCGUCCUCUGGACAUCACCACCAAAUACAAUGAUGAACCAGACAUCAAUGCAAUUCAAGUUCGACCCCUUUGACAUUUGCCGUGGUAACAUUAAAAAUGGCAUUGAAGUUCACGCUAAAUUAAAAUAAUUUAUAAUAUGCAGAAGAUACAUCUCUUUUUAUAAACAUGGAAACAUGGAUGUCUUUAUGCAGCAGUAAUGCAACAUAAACUGACAUUUGUGUUCCAGUCAGGACUUGAGAAUUAUAUAAAUUGUAACUGUUUAAGUGUUUUAUGAAAAUGACUUUCGAUCAAUUAUACC